CAAUUUUGUUUGCCGUUGACAUAAAUAAAUGUAAUUAUAGGAUUAGCAUAUUCCUGUUUUAUAUAUUCAUCAGCCAAAUUGUCAAUACUAACCUUUAUAAUAUAUUAUUAUACAUUUUGUGUAAGUGAGUAGUGACAUUAGUAAGCUUUACCACAGUAUACAUUUUUAUGUACACGUAUUAGGCUGUCUUGACAAACAAUUUAGUUCUUGGUUUUGUCUUGCUUUUCUCUGUUUACCAAAAUUGUGCAAUUAGUCGAUGUUAAACGUCUCAUAAAGAUUUACCGAUGGGUCCUAAAGCAACGGAUAUUGUGAAUGGAUUUCAAGUUAAUUGGAUGAAUCUGAGGGAUGCCGACACAGGAAAAAUAUUAUGGCAAGGAAACGAAGACUUGUCUUCUCCAGAUGUAGAACAUAUGGCUAGAGUUCCCAAAAAAAUUCUAAAAUGCAGAGCUGUCUCAAGGGAAAUAAACUUCUCUUCUGUUGAGGCCUUGGAAAAAUUCCGAUUGGAACAAAAAAUUUUGUUUAAGGGUAGAGUAAUGGAAGAAUGGUAUUUUGAAUUUGGUUUUGUGAUACCUAACUCUACAAACACGUGGCAGUCACUAAUUGAAGCUGCUCCUGAGUCUCAGAUGAUGCCAGCUAAUGUGCUCAACGGGAAUGUUAUUAUAGAAACCAAGUUCUAUGAUGACACAACACUUAUAUCUACAUCGAGGGUGCGAUUGUUCUACGUCUAAUCAUCCUACACUAGUGACCAAGUUCAAGUGGUAUAGAGGAUACUAUACUUAAAACUUUUUUUAAAAGAGGUCUUCAUUUUAUUUCAAUAUGUAUAUAAUGUGUGUAUGUGUAUAGAGUAUUGAAAUUUGGUUUAACAGCAUUUUAUAUAUAUAUAUAUAUAUAUAUAUAUAUAUAUAUAUAUAUAUAUUUGUUGUUGUUUGUUAUAUUACUGUAGUUGAGAUUAAUUGGAAGAGAUGUUGAUACUCUCCUAACUGUAUUAAACAUGGUUUUCAUUACAAGUAUAGUAUAAAAAACCAGUCAUUGUACAUAUGAAAAAUACUGCAUGAAUACUGUUCAUUUUUUUAUAAAAAUGUCUAUAAUAUAUUAGAGUUUAUCAAAACACCUUCAUAGGAUAUAAAAUGGUAUAGGUUAUUAAUUAGUUCAACUGAAUAUAUUUCUUUCCUGCUGAAUCAAACAUUAAGAGUUGAAAAUGGCCAUUUUUAAGUUGUACAUAGUAAAAAAAACCAGGUCUUGUUUCAGCUUAGAUAAUUUCCAAAUGACAAAUCAUGUAUCAUGUCAUACAUUUAUGUUUCAAAUGUAUGACCAAAACUCUAAAAUACAGCUCUUAUUUCUGAUUUUUACAUAACACUAUAUCUUGGAUUUGAGAAAAUUUUUUAAAUUUACAUUUUAGUCACAAGCGUAAGUGGUUGUAUUUAAACAUCAGUCGUAAUACCGUACAGACCUGUAUUUCUAGCUUUAAGAUGUCAUUAAAAUAAAUAAUAUUUGAAGGCUAAAUACUUAGUGGCUGUUACAGACACCACAUAUACCUGUAGUUUAAUGCACUCAACAUAAAAAUCAUUCUGGGGCCUUAACCCUAAUAGCGGGAGUAAUUUUACUACAUAAAUGUUAUUAUGUAUUAUCAUUAGGCAUGGAUGUGGAAUAAUAUUCUGUUUCCGUAAAUAUAAAAAACAUAAUCUAAACAAUUAGUUUAAGAGUGAUUUGAACUAAGUUUAUUAAAUUUGAAAAAAAUAAUAAAAUAGAGAGUUUAAUAUCUAAUAUGCUACUAUUUGAGUAAAUUAUAUCUACGAUGUGAAAUCAAAUACUUUUAUAAGAUAAAUAGAUGGUUUAAUUCAUUUCUUACUUAAAAUACAAAUUACAGUUUAAAUGGCUUAGUUAUAAUAUGACAGGAAGGCUAGAUUUUGGUAUAACAAAGGGUUAAUUGAAAUCAAUUUUAAAUAUUAUCUUCUACUUGAUAAUGUAGUUUUUUUAUAAAUUUUUAACUACAGUAGACUCCCACUUAUCCGAGUCCUGAUUAACUGAGGGUCCGGGUUAACCGAAGACUUCGAAGAUAAAAAAUGUUUUUUAUAGACCAAGGAGUUGCAGUAAAAUAAUAAGAUACUGUGUUUGUGACUAGCGGCUAUAUCUAUUUGUGAUGCGUGUACUCUGGCUGUUACUAUGUUGAGUAGUGAAUUCUUAGAAUACACAUCCUCUUGGUGACAUAAUAGUUGCUGAUUUAUGAUAGGUCACCUGAUGUUUGUUUGAAGGAGGCUCCUGUGAGCGUAGCCUAUAUGAAUGAACUGAGUGACACUGCAACGUUGCCAUAUUUCUGGAACGCCACAGACGUUUCUACUAGUCAGUCGCACAAGUUAUUUGGACAUGUUCAUUUCGUUUGUUAUUUUUGUUACAGUGGUCUACCCGUGUUUUUAGCUGUGGAAAGUGUACAGUGUUAGUGUUACAGCAUGAGUGGAAAAAGAAAAAGGCGUGUGAUUUUUCUAUUAGAAAAAAAAUGAAAGCGUUAAAACGUUUAGACAAUAGCGAUACAAUUAAAAUGGUGGCUGUAGAUCUAGAAGUUGGUAAAGUGACUGUUGGUGAUUGAGAACCGACAAAACAUUGAGAAAUUUGUUAAUAAAUGUGUGUGCGGGGGUAGCAGUUUAUUGCAGAAAACAAAGAAGAAAGGCGAAUAUGAGCUGACAUCAGAAACCUUGUUUUUAUGGUUUAUUCAAAUGCAGAAUUUGGGCAGACCUAUAAUCGGCGUAAUAGUAGAAGCAAAGGCAAUAGAAUUUCAUAACAAGUUUAUGGAUGGUGAUGACAGUUUUACAACCAGCCAUGGAUGGUUAGACAGGUAUAAAAGGCGGCACGGCAUUAGACAGCUUAAUACUGUUGGUGAAAAAUUAUCGGCAGAUUCUUCAGAAAUCACAAAAUUUCAAAAUAAAUUGGCAGAAGUUGUUUUAAAGUCUGGUCUACCAUCCGAGCUUUUCCUUAUCCGAGGUAGUCUCAGUCCCAUUUACCUCGGAUAAGCGGGAUUCUACUGUAAAUGUAGUUUUUUUUUAAUACUACGUAACGUAACUACAAUGUUGAUGUUGGAUUAAUCUUUAAUUGAUUCCAUUGAAAAUGUUUUGUUUUUUUCUCUAUAAGAAAAUCCACAAUCUAAGGUGCCUAAGAUUUUAAGAAUUUCUAACCUUUUUCAAAACCGAUUAAAUAUUAACAAGAAACUUAUCUUUUGUAUAUUUAGACCACACCAAAUAUAUCACUAUUUAGUUUGACACUAUUAAAAUUUAGCAUACAAUUUUAAAACUUUCUUAAAGAAAGAAAAUCUUGAAAUAAUUAUUUGGACUACAUUUGGAAGAAAUAAAGAACUGGCAAUACUAUGCAAUGGUGUACUAAUUGAAAUUAUCAAUUUGCCGCUAUAUCACAUUUUAAUAGUUUAUAAAACUAUUAAUGAUCAUGUAUUCAAUUCAAAGAUAUUUAGUUUCAUUUUUAGUAAAAUAAAUUGAGGGUAAGGUGUAAAUUGUUAAUUACAUCAUUUUGUAAGAACAGAUUUAAAAUAAUUAAUAAUUGUUUGGUUUCUAAAAUAUUACUAAUUACUUGACUACUGAAUUACUAGCCCACUUAACAUGAAUACGAUUAUCAUCCAAAUUUUGAACUCCCAAAACGCGUCUCAUUAUCUGCUUUGGCUGUUGCGGCAGAGCCUCUCGCACAUGAUCCGCACUCUUAGAAAAAUUCCCAGAUGACUGAUUGUUCUCCAUAAUCCAGCAUUAUCUGGUAGUCCUUGGCCAUGCCUUUGCCACCAGAACCAAAGUACUCAUUAGUGGUUGAUAUAAUUCAUCAGUAUGAUUGGUUAAUAACAAGAUAUGUGUGGAGGUAGCUAUGGCUGGGAAAUUCCAAUAAUCCUAAAAUGCUUUGUAAGAAUCAUAUAUGUAGAGCUUAAUUUAGGACCAUUACUUUAGGCAGAUAAAUAAAUUUUAUUGGUAAAUCUGUAAUGAAAACUUGAUUUUCCAUUUAUAAAAAAAAAUUUUUGUGAGUAGACUUUAAGAACGGUCUCUGUUAUCGGGAAGAGUAUAAGGUACGCUACCUUAUAUUACACUUACAAAUAUUCUAAUCGUGCACUUCUGUUAGUCAUCAGAUCAUCUUCAAUCCUGAACCUCCAUGUGGAAACUUCCUUAUAAGCUUUAUAAAAUUAUUGGAACUUCCAUAGAAACCACCAAUCAUAUUAUCAGGUUUGUCCAACACCAUGUAUGUUGGAUUCUGGCGAUGGAGUUGUGGCCAAGGAGUCCACUGUACGAUAUGGGAGGAUGGAGAAAAGGGCAGUCUAAUGGGAAUUCUAACAUUACAAGUUGAGUGUGAUGGUCCAAGCGGUAGUGCAAUGUGAUUAGUGUGUGCUCAAAUUUGGCUAUUAUAAUUAUUUUUAAAAUUAUGUAACACCUAUUUAGUCAUAAUUAGGUGAUUAGUUAUUUAUUCACUAUAUCUGCUUGAAGAUUAUGUGAAAAAUUACUCAUACAUUUUAUUUGUUUCUCUCAAAAUUAAAUUAAAUACAGGAUGGGGCAGCAUAACUUCCUUUUUUUAAAUGCGCGCCAUUUAGUUGGUUGAUGUCAUAGCGGUGCAAGCCAGCAAGAUGGUGCAACGGCACACACCGCAAGAGCAUUGUUGGCUGUUUUGGGGGAACACUUCCCAGAACGCUGUAUCUCAAUCAGGGGCGAUUUGCAAUCGCCGGCUCGAUCUCCCAAUUUGUCUCCUUGUGAUUUUUUUCUAUGGGGUUUUUUGAAAUCCCGUGUUUGUGUGAACCGUCCAAGGACCCUUCAAGAUUUAAAGAUGCAGGAUGAAAUUGCCAACAUAACGCCUGCUACGCUUGAAAGGGUAAUGACAAACACCAGAAAUCGGUAUACUCAAUGUAUCCAGAAUGGGGGACGUCACCUACCUUAUUUACUCUUCAAAACUACGUAUAACAAAACUUUAUGUAUGUACCUACGUAGUCAAAUCCACAAAAUUUUUCUGACUCAUACAGUGCGUUUUAUUAAGUUUUGAAAAUAGGAAGUUAUGCUGCCCUACCCUGUAUCAUAGAAUUUAAUGAAUAAUUGUUAGUAUACUCAUAAGUUAAUAAUAUAUAAUUUAACGCAACAUUGUACAUUUUUCAUUUCUUCCUAAUUUAGACUAAUUAAUUAUUCAAAAGUUUACUUAUUUAAGAACUGAAUUUAAUAUAAAACACAAACACCACAGUUUUUACACUGUCAAAUUAUAAGUCGAAACUAUUAAGUAGAGAAUAACUCUUAACAAUUAAAUCUCGUGCUAUAACAAAUCCUACCCUUUGUUAAAUUAUAUUUGAUCUAAUUAAUCUGUAAAUUGUAUUUUAGUUUAUAAAUUAAUCAGUAAAACAGCCAAGAUAGUAGUAAAAUCUGUCCACCGCAGUCAAUGUGUUAAAUAACUUGUUUUGACUCGUACAAGUCUCUUAUUUCACUUCUCAGGUUUUCAUGGUCUUGAAGGCGGUCCUCUUCUAGCUUUAUGACGAGUAGCUCAUUUAAACUCUUUAUUUUAUUAUCCUACAAAUUUAGUAGUAUAAUUUAAACUACUCAUAAGCAAAUUCUUAUACACUCCAUACCAUACUGUUCCUACUUUAGAUCAUUUUAUUAAUAUCUUUUGUUUAAGUACUUAAGACCAUGAAUUAGUUUGUAUAGUUUUCUCUCUCUUUGAUAUCUAAUAAGCUAAGUUAUGUAAUUAAUAAUAUUUGAAAAAAUAGUUGAAAUGUGAAUGUAUAAAUCAGAUUGAAUGAAUUUUAAUAAUAAUAGAAAGGAAUAGAAAUGUGUCAUUUUAAGUUCAGCUUUGCAACUAGUAUAUUUUCUUUACUGUAACACAUUGUUAUGGAAGCCUAUACUUAUAGUGCUUAAAAUAAAAAUGAGACUUACUAGAAUUUAGUUUAUCUAUACUUUUUAAUAGUUAUCAGUAAUUUUAACUGUUAUGCUAAGCAUUUAAAUGUAGUUUUUACUACCAUAAUUAUUUUAUAAUAAAACAAAUAUUCUCCUCUUGAUGUAAUAAAUAAAAUGAGAGCAUGAUUACACAGGAAAGAGAAGAUAAAAUCUCUUGAUUACAGUUAUUAUUGGCAUAUUUAAACAAUAAAUUCAGUUAAAUAAUUACAGUAAAAGUUGAAUAAUUUAUUCAAUAUUGGCACCUUUUAAUGGCCAGGCCAUAAACUCACUUUUACUUCUAAACAUCCCAGCCAUUAAAUCCAGUUAACUUUCCAAAAAGGCUAGCCUCAAACUGCCACUUUUGACAUACUCCUACAAAAACUGGUGUAACACAUCUAUAAAUAGUACUAUCUUAAUGAUUGUUUUACUUAGUAUUAUAUUUAAAAUCAUGAAAAUAUUUAAACAAAAUCUUUUUCUUUUAAUGUAUUAGUAUUAUUUACAAUUUUUAAUUUUUUUUAUAUUUGAUUGCUAAAACCUAGGAUAAACAGAGCAUGUUAAGGAAACCCUUAUUGUUGUAAGUAUGCAUUUUUUUACAAAAAUACAGAAAAAUCAUGUGAGUACCUUCAGAAAUAAAGUUUUUGAAAAUAUGA